UAGGAGAAAGUCAAAAAUAAGUCCUUUCAUUGAAGCUCUUGAAAGAGAAGAAACAAAAUAUAUGGUUAUGAAGUUGCAGAGAUCUCUUCAAUCAAAUUUCUUAAAAACAGAUACUUCAGCUUCACUUCUCUCAGUCAUUUCCACGUACUUCUUCUUAAAUUUCUUCCUCAAAUAAAACCAGUUCCUGUCAAUCUUUUAUUUUUCACAAAUUUCUUGGUUUUCGAUAAAAAAUUUUGGUUAUUUGAAAUCUGAGAAGAAAAUCGGUUUGAGUGUUUGUUUUUGUUGUUAUAUUUCUUUUUGGUCUGUUCUCAUUUUCCAAGAACAAUCACGUUAGGGUUUUAGAUAGUUUAAAGUUGUUGUCUGUACUGAAAAUCCUCAAAAUUAGCUGUUUACUGUAAGUGGGUUUGUUUGUUUCUCUUCAUUACUUUAAUCUCUUUAUUCUUCUUCCAUUUCUUAUCCUAUGUAUCUAUCUAUAUUAUUAACCCUUUGUGAAUUUGUUUGAUAAUUUUUUUUUUUUUUUGAGUUGGAUCUAAUAUAAGAAAUUGUUAAGGUUUUUAUUGAUUUUUAUAUGAUCGUGAAUCCAUCCAGCUUAGCCGAAUAUUGGAGUUGUUGUUAGUACCUUUGUUCAUUUUUUUUUUUAAAUUUAGGUAUUUAACAAAGUUAGUGUUUUAUGCUUCCAAGGUCGAAUAUUUUAGGUGCCCUUUGUUUUAUUUUUGUCUCUCCCUUUCUUCUUAUAAACCAUUUCAAAUAAUUUGAGCAAAGAAAAUGGAUUGACUGAUUAAUCGUGUUGAAAUCAUUAGUUUGUCAAGCUUUGAGAGGAGGAGGUAUGUUGUUGUGUCUUUUUUAAGGAUAAUAUCUCUGCUAUAUUCUUUGUUUUUGAGUUAUUUCUGUUUGUUCAUGAGAUAAGGAUAUCUGUUGUGAUUUCUGGGAAGUGGUGAGGUAAAUAGAUAGAGAGGGAGUCAGUGUAUAUGUUCUUAUGCUGGAUUUUGUAAAAGUAUUGAGUUUGGGCAUGGUGGAGGAAGUGUUAUUAUAGGUUUCGCUCGAGCAAUUAACACUAGGAUUCCAUCUGGAUUAGUUGUUUUUUUGAAUUUGAUUUGUGGGGUUCGUGUUAGAUAUUGAUUAGAAAUGGCAGAAUGUAAACCUAUGAUGCCAAAUUUAGAAGGGGAAGAAAAUGUGAUAGCUGCAACACAACAUAUAGUAAGGGUAUUAGGCACGAGUAAGAAUUUGACGGAGGAAAUGAGGAAGAUCUUGGAAGAUCUCGAUAACCAGUUGUCUACCAUGGUCCUAACCGCAGAAAACAAAGAAAGGGAAGUUAGUGAUUUUGAAAAAGAGUUUUCCGCAAUUCAAGGGAAGAUUAGGAAAUGGGAAUCUGAUGAGUCUAUGAUAUGGGAUUCUGGAGUUGAUGCAGCUGCUGAGUAUCUUCAAGCCAUUCAUGAAGCUCAAAACUUAUCAGAAAGGUUGGGAGGUUUGUCUGUGAAGGAAGAUGGAGAAGAUAAUAAGCUUCUGCAACAGGUACACAGUGUCCUUCAGACUGCGAUGGCAAGGCUUGAAGAAGAGCUUACUCACAUUCUUGCUCAGAAUAAACAGUCUUUUGAACCGGAGCAUAUGUCCUUCCGUUCUCAUGAAGAAGAGAUCAAUUAUGAGGACUCAUUUGCCUCCGUUGAGGAUGAUCCUAGUGAGGAUUCACUUCGGAGAGAUAGCAGUAGCAAAAAUCCAGAGGACUACAUCAUCGAUUUGGUCGAUCCAGUUGUAAUUUCUCAUCUGAAUAGAAUUGUGAACACAAUGUUCAAUUCUGGUUUCGAUCAAGAAUGUUGUCAGGCUUACAUUAACACCCGUAGAGAUGCUUUAGAUGAGUGCCUCUAUCUACUUGAAGUAGAGAAACUGAGCAUUGAGGAGGUACUGAGGACAGAAUGGAGUAACUUGAUUGUCAGGAUUAAGAAAUGGAACCGAGCUAUGAAGAUCUUCCUGCGUGUCUAUCUUGCAAGUGAAAAACAACUCUGCGAUCAGAUAUUCGGGGAGUUUGAAUCAGCUAAACAGACUUGUUUUGUGGAGAUUUCUAAAUCUCCAAUGUUUCAGCUCCUCACUUUUGGCGAAGCUAUAGCUAUUGGACCCCGACAGCCAGAAAAGUUGUUUUUGAUACUUGAUAUGUACGAGAUCUUAUCGGAUUUGCUACCUGAUGUGGAUGCUUUAUUCGUUGAAGAGGCUGGGUCUACUGUUAGAUUUGAGUGUCGUGAGGUCCUUAAAAGAUUGGGUGAUUCUGUUAGAGGAACUGUUUCGGAAUUUGAGAAUGCAGUUGGUUCAAAUGUCUCGACUAAUCCAUUUGCUGGAGGAGGUAUUCAUCAUUUAACCAAGUACGUCAUGAAUUACAUCAAGGCACUUACUGGUUAUAGUGGUACCCUGAAUCUGCUUUUUCUCGAGGUUACUGAUGAAGAUGAUACUAUAUCAUUAAUGCCUAAUACGCUUCCUGCUGUCGAUGAAAAAGAAUAUGAGGGUGAAACCGCAAAUUUCAGUGCAUCCCCAAUGGCUUACCAUCUCAGGUCAGUCACUUCAGUUCUGGAGUCAAACCUUGAUGUCAAGUCGAAAUUGUAUCGAGAUGUGGCUUUACAACAGUUCUUCCUUAUGAACAAUAUCUACUACAUGGUUCAAAAGGUUAAGGGUCCAGAACUCAGGCCCCUAUUUGGAAAUGACUGGAUCAAACAACACAAUGGGAAAUUCCAACAGUAUGCAAUGAACUAUGAGAGAGCAACUUGGAAUUCUGUCCUAUCGUUGCUGAAGGAAGAGGGGAUGUGCACUCCUGGUUCACAUUCGGUAUCAAAGAAAGUUCUCAAAGAGAGGUUUAAAAGCUUUAAUCUCGCAUUUGAGGAGGCUUACAGGAGUCAAACAGCAUGGUUAAUCCCAGAUAUUCAGCUACGAGAAGAUCUUCGUAUCUCAGUGUCACUGAAAGUAAUUCAGGCAUACCGAACAUUCAUGGGAAGACAUGAAGGUACGCUCGAUAGCAGGAGCACUGAAAAGUACAUCAAAUACAAUGCAGAAGAUUUGGAGAGUUUUAUCUUAGAUCUCUUCGAAGGGUCUCCUAGAUCAUUACCAAACUCUCGCAGGCGAUGAUCAAGUUUCAUCAGGUUUUUCAUUUUCUUUUCCUACCCGUCUCACGUUUCAUAUUUUAUAUUUCGCUCAUCCAAAAAAAGAAAAACACGAAAUUAUAUAUGUUAAUCAGUUGCUUCAUGUCCAAAGCUGGGCAUAUAAAUUGUUGAGUUUGCAGUUUGUGUUUCCACAUCACUGGUGCAGUCAUUCCAGUGAAAUUUAGAUGAAUGUAAUUGUUUUUUUACCUGGAGAUAUACAAGCUUAGGUUUGAUGUUAACGAAGCUACUACAUCUUAAUGAAAUUCCUUGAGUAAAUAUGUAUAAA